AAAGCCAGGUCUGACAGUAGGCAGUCACCGAGCUACAGUGAAGGAGCAUCCAGAUCAUCUCUACACACUGAAGCAUCAUGGAGUCCAGAGCGUCUCUCUCCAUUCUAGCCCUGCUGCUUGGCUUCUCGCAAGCUCUCUAUCUCAACCAGCCUCAGCCCGUGGACAUCACAUCAAAGAUUCUCACCACCAACAACGGAUCCAGUGAACUGUUGUUGGAGGGAGACAUACUCUUGCCAAGAAGCAGGAACGGUCUGGUCUGCACCGACAACAGUUGCUUUUGGAAGAAGUCCUCAAAUGGCUUAGUGGAGGUGCCUUUCAAAUUGAGCAGUGUUUACUCUUUCUCUGACAGGACUGUAAUUGCCAAUGCCAUGGCCACCUUCCACAGCAAAACCUGCAUUCGUUUUGUUCCCAGGACAGAUCAAACUGACUACCUCAGCAUCGAGAGCAAAGACGGAUGCUACUCUUUUGUGGGCAGAACAGGUGGUGCUCAGGUGGUGUCUCUCAGCACGGUGGGUUGUAUUUACCACGGCAUUGUCGAGCACGAGCUGAACCAUGCACUCGGUUUCUACCACGAGCAUACUAGGAGCGACCGCGACAGGUACGUCGCCAUCAACUGGGCAAACAUCGACCCAGAAAUGCAGUCUAAUUUUAACUUGAAGAACACCAACAACCUGAAAACGCCGUACGACUACUCCUCCGUGAUGCACUAUGGAAAAACGGCUUUCUCCAUCAACGGUCUGGACACCAUCACUCCUAUUCCUGAUCCGUCAGUGAAGAUCGGACAGAGAGACGAUCUGUCUGCCACCGACAUCCUGAGGAUCAAAACUCUCUACAACUGCUGAACUUGUUUAGACUUUUUGUCUUGAUUUAACUUUGCUGUAACAUUGUAUAGCUGUUAAUGACAAAGCAUACAGUGGUGACUUCACUUGCUGUGGUAACAAAAUAUGGAAUCAUACAAUAAAAAGGCUACAAGCAUGA